UGUCAUUGACAUCGGCACGAGAGGAAUCUCUCGCACUGAUUUCUAAACUGCAUACCGUUAAUUAAUACACACAAAGUACACCGAACAAUCACAAUCUCAUUACGAUAAACCGAUAAACAUCUACAAUUAAUUAACAAGAAUUUAAUUAACGCGCAAGCAUUCCGCGGCGUGCCGUCGUAGUGAGCAGACGUGGUUAGUGUUACAAUGGUGAUCGAGAAGAUUUGCUGUUUGGGCGCGGGGUACGUCGGCGGGCCGACUUGCAGCGUGAUCGCUCUCAAAUGCCCCAACAUCACAGUAACGGUAUGCGACAAGAGUGUGGAGCGGAUAAACCAGUGGAAUUCGGAGAAGCUUCCGAUAUACGAGCCCGGUCUGGACGAGGUUGUGAAGAAAUGUCGAGGUAAAAACUUAUUCUUUUCUACUGAUAUCGCGAAGGGGAUCCAGGAAGCGGAUCUGAUAUUCAUUUCCGUGAAUACACCCACCAAAACUUUCGGUAACGGGAAGGGACGCGCGGCGGAUUUGAAAUACAUAGAGAGUGCGGCGCGUAUGAUUGCUGACUUGGCGACUAGUAAUAAAAUUGUGGUGGAGAAAAGUACGGUGCCAGUAAAGGCCGCAGAGAUUAUCAUGAAAAUCCUCAGAGCCAACACAAAGCCAGGUGUUGAGUAUCAGAUUCUGUCAAACCCAGAGUUUUUGGCUGAAGGAACGGCUAUUGUAGAUUUAGUUGAAGCUGAGAGAGUUUUAAUAGGUGGUGAAGACACUCCCGAGGGUCAGAAGGCAGUGCAAGCUCUGUGCUGGGUUUAUGAACACUGGAUUCCAGCUAAAAAUAUACUUACAACAAACACUUGGAGUUCUGAGUUGUCGAAGCUUGCCGCAAAUGCAUUCCUAGCGCAGAGAAUCUCUAGUAUUAAUUCCCUAUCUGCUGUCUGUGAGGCAACAGGUGCUGACGUGUCUGAAGUGGCCAGGGCAGUUGGUAGAGACAGCCGUAUCGGCCCUAAGUUUCUUGAAGCGUCUAUCGGUUUUGGAGGCAGCUGUUUCCAGAAGGACAUAUUAAACUUGAUUUACUUGUGUGAAUGCCUGAACUUGCCUGAAGUUGCUGCGUAUUGGCAGCAAGUUGUAAGCCUGAAUGACUACCAGAAGACCAGGUUUACACGUAAAGUUAUAGAGUCUCUUUUCAACACAGUUUCUGAUAAGAAAAUAGCUAUACUCGGAUUCUCAUUUAAAAAGAAUACGGGAGACACAAGGGAGUCUCCUGCUAUAUACGUUUCAAAUACAUUGUUAGAUGAAGGGGCGAAACUUCACAUAUAUGACCCUAAGGUGGAGGUGGACCAGAUUUACUACGAGCUGACUAAUGCAUAUGUUACAUCUGAGCCUGAGAGGGUGCGUAAAAACAUCCAGAUCCACGACACGGCGUAUUCGGCGGUGACCGGGGCGCACGCCAUCGUACUCUGCACCGAAUGGGACGAGUUCAAAGAGCUGGACUUCAAGAAGAUCUACGACGCGAUGAUGAAGCCCGCGUACAUCUUCGACGGCAGGAAGAUCCUGGACCACGAGGCGCUCAUCAAUAUAGGCUUCCAUGUGCAGACGAUAGGGAAGAGGCUGUCCAGGGCAGGCAGCAUCAGGGCGCAGGGGAGUCAGACGAUGCCAUAGUUUAUAUGAACGUGGGACAGAGCAGUCGUGGGUCACCAAACAUCAGUGACGUGGUUAUUACUGACAUAUUUUAUAUUUAAAGUUCCUAGCGUUAACUUCCCUAAACGUCUGUAACCUGGGGUUUGAGGAUCAGCUAAUCAAAAUCAUGAUAAAAUCUAAAUUAAUGCCUAAAUUGAUCUUAAUUUCUAUCUUUGAGAUCGAGGAUGAUCCAAGCAACAUACUGUAAGUCAAUCUUUAUUCUGAUUAAUCCAUUUUUGCGAUCGAUUUUUAAAUAGAUUGGGGAUAAGGUUUUUAGAUAGACAACUCACAGGAGAUUUAAUCGAAAUAAGUACUUAUUUAAGACUAGCUUUUGCCGCUGCUCCGCCCGCGUGAGAAUUUUUUAUAAAUAAAGUGUUUCGUUAUAAAAGUCACGCUAUAUAUUUUAUAGGAUAGAACUUUAACCGUUUACGGAGCGCACGCACCGGAAAUUUUCAAGAGGAAUAAAUUUGUCCUAUUUGUGCAACAUUUUUGAUUAAUGCUCCGCUCCUUUUGGUAAUAGCGUGAUGUUAUACGCCCCAUAGCCUUCCCCGAUAAAUGAGCUAUCCAAUACUAAAAUAUUAUUUCAGUUCGAACCAGUAGUUCCUAAGAUUUGCGCGUUCAAACAACCAAACUCUUCAGCUUUAUAUGAUAGUAUAGAUUCCUUGUGAAUGGAGUGUCAAAUAUUUUAAUUCUUUACCAAUAUAAAAUGUUUAAUUCAAACAACGUACGGACCGACCUUAGCACAUCCUCGUAUCAAUCAAACGGCAUUGGUAUAAUUGAGUCAUCUCUAUUCCUUCAUCGAUCUACAAUAUUUUUUUCGGCUCAUUAAAAUUUUAAUAGUCUUGUGGUGUAGUUUGUCAGGUUGGUGUCCUGAAUUCGGUUCCCGGGCCGGGCUUGAUCGAAUAAAUAUUUAGUUAAAUCGGUGAAGUGUCUAUGCAGUAAUUAAAUGAAAAAUAAGCGUGGUUAAUAGUAAAAGAAAGAUAUACUCCCCUACCUAUCCCUUCAAGAAUAGCAUGAUUUUAUUUGUUAAUACCUUGACUGAGCAUCGAACUUGUAACCUUACGAUAAUGGCUGAUACUUUACACCCUAGGUUACAUACAUUGAAAAUAUCUUAAUUUUUGUAUCACGGAUUAUUAUCUAAGAUUAUCAAAUGUAAUAUCUCGAAAAGAAAUAGACAGUCUCGAAAGUAAUUUUAGGAAAUAAACAACACAAUUUACUUGAUUGCUGACAUGCGCAGAACUCAACAGAAUAAGUUCUGUGUGCCAGAUCUAUACAUUGGUCACUAUAUGUGAUGUAUUUAUCAAGCAAUAAUAAUGGCUUCUAUAUUUUUUGCUAUACAAAGCCGCAGUGUUAGAGUUGCUAAGUUUGAUCUUCGCUGGUGGUAGGAUAUUUAAAUCCGUUCGGAUAGCAACCAGCGUACACAAUGUGUUAAAACCCGCCAUAGUGGCAAUCAGCCUGUGUAGUGUGUAUAUCCUGUUCCAAUGGGCCGGCAUAAUUGUGUCGAUUGGCGAGGGGUAAUCAUCUUUCAUCAGUCGAUUUUUGCAGUGGGGUCACCUUACCAUGCCGAUUAAAAAAAAUCUGGCGAAAUAAUUUGCCUUUAUUGUUGCUCAACAAUGCUGGUCAACAUGUAUAUGUGGAAGGUUUAGCGCCUCACAUGUAUCUUUGUGUCAUGUCGCGCGACAAGUUGCGCGUGUCGUGUAGUCCAUUUGUUGCUUAAUAAAUACUUUAAUAUACACUUGGUUGCUAAACCUACAUUUAGUUAGAAGUCUAUAUUUUAUGCUAUAAUUUCUGUUAAUCAAACACAAGUUGAAGCUGACGAAUAAAAUAAGCGAAAUGUAAGAUAUAACGCCUGGUGUGCGUGUAAUGGUUGUGAGGGUGCGAAUCCUGCUAAAGAAAUCUUAACCAGCCUGGUCAGUGGAAAAUGUUAUGCGGGCCAGCGUAAUACUGGCGAUUGGCGACUGUCGACUUGUUUCAUGGUCAAUAUUCCAUUUGGAUCAUAGUACUUAAUAAUACCAGCUUGUAUUAUAUACUGUCCCACUGUUGGGCACGAGCUUCCUACUGAGAGUUUAAGCUUUAAUCCACCAAUUUGUCCCAGUGCGGAUUGACUUCACAUACUUCAGAAGUUCUUUAAAGAAUGCUCAGGUAUGUAGGUUUUCUCUCGAUGUUUUCGCUCACUAUUAAAACGAAUGAUGUUUAAAAAAAUAUACACACGUAAAGUUGAAAAGCAGAGGUGUGGGCAUUGGGUUUCGUACCUGCUGACCUUCGUCCUGAUAGUAGGUUCCAUUUUAUCCCAAAUACAAAAUGUAACGGAUAAUAUUUUUCAAAACGCACACAAAAAUAAAUAAGCUACAAAACUUUAAAAUUUGUUGGAACGAGUACCCGUUAAAUAAAAAAUAAUAGCAGAUCGUGACGUCACGAUUUGUCACCGCCCAGAACUGCGUGCGUGAGAAUGAGAUAGUGCGAUAAUCUUACCAUACUCCCACUUUUAUUCGCAACAUUUUAAAUAUGAAUAACUGCUUUAUUUUUCAAUCAAUUAUGUCCAUGAUUUUACAGAAAAAAAAAUCUUAUUCGUGUUAUUCCCUAUUAAAUAUUAAAUAAUAUACAAAAUCAAACAGGAAACUACCUUACUCAAUCGUCGAAUUAAUAUACAUACUAAAUAAAUAUUAUUUUUUGGAACUCUAUGAAGUUUAAUUAAAUCUCCCACUCCGUGCGCGCAAUGUACUUAAAAAGGGACAAAAGUUUUUCGUCACCUAUUAAUAUACUGAUUUUCACUUUUCACACUCAUACUCUGCUACACUCAAAACAGCAACAAUUUGUGUUUGAUUUUUAUAUGUUUUAGUUUAUUAUCUUCACUUGACCGGUUUUUAUCAGUUUCAAAAAGGCUUUGGUGCUGACUAUUCUCAUGGACAUAUUAAUGCUGUGUUGUGUUUAUGUUAAAGUAUAAUUUAUGGAUGGCCAUAAAUGUAUUUCGAUAUUUAUUAUGAUUGUACAAAUGGGCUUCAUCUUACAUAAUAUAAUUUCAUUAAUUCAAGGAAGCCAUUCUUGUGGCGAAAUCAUUUUAAUUUUUAUAUAAACAGGGUCAUUGAUUUUUUAUUUUGGGCCGGAUUUUAAACACCUAUGUUACAAUAAUUAAGAUAAAGAUAUUUGAAUAUUUCAUCUAGGGUCGGGCUAACACGACUCUAGUGUGGGUCUGGACCCCCCACACAUUUUGCGAUAGAUAAGAAAAGAAAAGAGAAAAGAUAUUGUACACUGCCAUAAACCUACAUUUAUUGCUUGUGGUCUAUAUCAUUAUGUUAAAUAUAAAUUCACUGCCAUUAUGUAAGGAAAUUAGAUUGAGGUUAGGGGUGAAGAAUAUGUUGUGCCGACCACAAAUUACAGUGGGAUAAGGUCAGGUUACAGGAAGACUGGCAUUGUGUUGUGUUUGAGCCUACAUUGCAGGGAACAUUUUUGGUGGAAUAUGAUAAAAACUGGUCGACUUUUACUAGUUUUAAGUUUAAUUUUGCCCUCAGUCUUUUGAUGGUGUGACAUAUUAUACAUAAGCUCAUUCCGGCUUUCUUAUUGAAUUGUUGUCUUAUUAUUAUGAUAAUGAAUACUGCAUCAAAAUCCUUUUAGCCCUUGGGAAACGCAAACAAUUUAAAAGAGUAUGGUUUUGUUAUAUCUAUAGAUUACUGUCACACCAUUAAAAGUAUGUGAACAGGGCCGGCGGCAGGUUUAUUAUGCUGGGGGGCAUUGCCCCCUAAGUUUACUUUAAGCACAAAUAUCUUUAGUUUAUAUACACAUUUCAGUUAGCCUAAUUAUUGUAAAUUAAUGUAUGUUUAAUAAUAAUUGUGAUGUCUUUAAAUCAACAUAUAAAGUAUUUUUUAAAUCAUAUUCAAGUGGCAUUCCGGAAAAAGGAUGACGUCAUCUAGUUUUCUUUUAGCUAAACUAAGGCACAAUCCAAUUCGGCCAGAAAGAAAAAUAUUUUUAUUAAUUUUCUUAAAAGUAUAUUUUAUUAAUGACAUAUUUUAAUUAUGUUAAUGUAUUUCAUGUCGACCGUAUAAUUUAGAUAUUUUAUAACCCUAAUUUUAUAUUUUUGAUUAUAGAAUUUGACAUAAUUUUACCUAAGUGUUUAUGUAUGUUUGCAAUGUCAGAUAUAAACUGUAGAUACACCGGCGCGGACGCAGGACAGUGCUGCAUUAACUAUAUUAAUAAUAAUUUAGCUCAUAGUUCAGAGCAGUAAAUUUUAUAUAGAAAGUUCACAGGUUUUAAAGAAAAUGCUAGAUUAAUGCUCUGCAGAUCUUAUAGUUACUAGAAUUUUGUUUUUUUUUUGGCAAUGCGACCCCACUAUCACUGACUGCAAUUGCAGUGGAGUCCAGAACGUGUCGACGAUAGAUGUUAAUCCAACGCCAGUCGAUACAAUUACGUCGGCCUGUUACAAAAUUUCGAUGUGAAAAUAUUUUUUUUUAGAAAGACCUGUCCAGUGUUAUGUUGUCUUUGUUGUCUACUCCGCCCAAUGUCAUUUGUGCAAUAAAUAUAAAUGCGUUCAAAAAAUGGUACUCAUUUACAAAGUUCAACAAAUUGCAAGUAUUUAAAUUGUAAAGUAUUAUUUCUCGGUAAACGUUAAGUUCAAAUCGAAUUGUAACUGUAUUUUCCAGUGAUUAAAUAUAUAUUUUACGAUA